AUGGAGCCGACUCUGGAGCACUUGGUGGCAAUCCCCAAAAAGUUUCAAUGUGCUGUCGAUUGCCGGCCCCAGCUGUGCCAGGCAGGGCUCAUCAAGAUGGCGGCCCCCCUGGCCACGGCCACUGCCCACUUGAGUGAGACUGGGGAGUCGACCCGUUCGUUGGCCAUUUGGGCCGUGAGUGCAAAGCCGUUGGCUGCAAGCGGAAGCAAGCACGAGAACCGAGCCGCAUCCGCCGCGCGAAGCGACGAGGCGACGAUUCGAGGAACAUCAGAAGCUUUUGCGAGGAUAGGCGCGCGUGCUGUGGCGGCCGGCAACGUACGGUUUACUGCAUCUUUGACGCUGCUGAAAGUCGCGUCCGAGCUGGAAACGGAACCGAGCGAUAGGGUGAGAUGA